AUGGGACGGCACAUGAAAAAUGUUGUGGUGGUUUCAUCUGGAUUUUUGCUUUUAUUCACUGCUACUGGAGGCCUGCUCAAUCUACAGAGCAGUCUGAAUGCUGAUGAGGGCCUGGGUCUGGCCUCCAACAGCGUGACCUUCGCCUCCAUCAUCCUGUCCUCCAUGUUCAUCACCCCGACUGCCAUCAGGUACCUGGGAUGCAAAUGGACCAUCUUUGCUGGGAUGGCAUGCAAUGUGGUGUACACCUUAGGAAAUUUGUAUCCAAGCUGGGCAACCCUGAUGCCCAGCUCAGUGAUUCUGGGGCUGGGGGAGUCUCCACUUUGGGCAGCCACUAGCACCUACUUAACAAUCAGUGGAGGACUGUAUGCAGUCGAAGAAAACAAGAAGAGUCAAGAUGUGAUCAACCAGUACUUUGGGAUUUUGUAUCUCCUCUACCAGUCCUCAGCAGUGUGGGGUAACCUCCUGUCCUCUGUGGUAUUAGGACAGGACCCCACAACUGAGAACAUCACACGUGAUGAUUUACUGUUCUGUGGAGUGGACAGUUGUGGAGUUCUCGAUGUUUCUCUUGGAAACUCCACCACCAGGCCAAAUGACAGACUGGUGUACACACUCUUGGGCUGUUAUCUAGGCGUGGGUGUUUUGGCGAUGUUACUGAUUGCUGUAUUCCUGGAUAAUAUUGACAAAAAAGAGAAACCAGAGGCAAUGAGCCAGCAGACAGAGACAUUUUGCAGCACACUCUUAGCCACAUUCAGACGACUAAGAGACAAGCGGCAAGUUCUCCUCAUACCAGUGACAUCAUACAUCGGACUGGAACUCGGCUUCCUGAGCGCAGAUUAUACAAAGGAUUAUGUAACAUGUGCCUUGGGAAUCCAUUUUGUUGGAUAUGUCAUGAUCUGCUUUGGUGUCACUGGGUCACUGUUCUCCUACGUGUUUGGGAGGCUGUCACAGUACAGUGGAAGACUGACACUUUUUAUCUUGGCUGCAGUCACGCAGCUCUCCUGUAUCCUGGUUCUUCUGCUCUGGAAGCCUAAUCAUGACCAGCUGCCCAUCUUCUUUGCUAUCAGCGGCCUGUGGGGAAUGGCUGAUGCUGUGUGGCAAACACAAAACAAUGCCCUUUAUGGAGUUCUCUUCCAUAGCCAGAAGGAGGCAGCAUUUGCCAACUAUCGUCUUUGGGAGUCCGUGGGAUAUGUGACAGCAUUCGCCUGCAGUUCUUUCCUUUGUGUGGAUGUUAAAUUGUACAUGCUUUUGGCUGUCCUUCUGCUGUCUGUAACUCUGUGCUGUAUUGUUGAGUAUGAGGAAUACAAAAACCCAACACCAGGAAUUGAGGAGGCCAAGUCUGUGGGGCCAGAAGACAAUAACCAUGUCGAUUUGAAUGUGCUAUAA